AUGGUUCCUCCGCCAAUACCAGCAGAUUGUAUUGAAGAAAUAGUAGAAUUCCUAGAAAAUAAUAUUCGUACAUUACACUCUUGCUUGUUAGUAAACCGUCUCUGGUGUCAAAUAGUAGUUCCCGUCUUAUGGCGUCAACCGUUUCGUUAUAAACGUUUUAACCCUUCUUCGAACCUUUUACAAACUUAUUGGUCAUGUAUGACUAUAGAUUGUAUAUCUAUCGAAGAUAAACUUAUUUUACAAGAAUUCAAUAUUAAAUUACCUGAUUCAAAUCAAUCUUCUGUAAUUUUUAAUUAUCCAUCAUUUAUAAAAAGACUAAAUUAUCGUGAUUUAUAUGAUUUCGUCGUUAUAUGGUACGGUGAUCCUAAUAAUUUACGACAUAAGCGACCAUUUCGUCAAGACCCUAUGAAAACAAUCGCAAAAUGUUUAUUUAAUCUUUUUAUUGUUAAAGGUUGCUUUGCAAGAUAUGAAUAUUGUGAACAAACUUUUAUUAAUGCUGCCUCAUCAUGUCAUGAAAUUGAAACCUUAGUUAUACGUAUGUGUAUGAAUGAUGAAUGGAGUACAGAAAGAGCACAAUCUGAGCUUGAAGCUUUAUCUAAACUUAUUGAUGCUCAAAAACAUUUGAAAGAAUUUAUAUAUGUCGAAUAUCCUGGUCGUUUUUGGUGGAGUCCUUCUUCAAGACUAAAAAAUGUUGAAUUUUCUUCAUUAAAUAGUCAGGUAAAUUCGUUGACUGUUGUUGAAUUCUAUCAUGUUGACUUUAGAUUUUGGCAUCCUUUGAAUUCUAUAGCAGGUUUAAUAAACUUAGAAAAUUUGGUUUUCAAUAAUUGUCGACAUCAAGAAUAUGUAAUGGAACCUUUUCGUUUCGGUUCUUUUAUGAAACUUAAAAAAUUGGUAAUGAACGGAUACGAAGGUAUCAGCUUCAUCCAACCAGAUUUGCUUGAUACCCUUUUACAACAUGUGAGCAAAUCUUUAAUGUACCUUUCUAUAAUUAUGACGGCAGAAACGACAACUACUGUCAUAAAUGCUAUAGAAAAAUAUCAUUUUGAUUUAUUAGAACUCGCUAUUAAACUUGAUCAAUCACAUUUUUUUGUUUUACAAUCAUGUCCAUUUUAUAAUUGUCCUAGAUUAAAUAAAUUAGUUGUGAGUAGUUGGGGAUAUAUGGAAGUUGUCGCUGAUGCAAUUCUGCCACAAUUAGGAAAAUCUUUACCGCCCAGUUUGGAACAUUUGGAAAUUUUAGCACCUUGGAUGUUUACUCUUCGUGCUUUGGAUUCUUUUUUGGUUAAUUGUAGAGCUCCUUUGAGAUAUUUUGAUAUUCGAUAUUGUAGAGAUAUUACGGAUCAGCAUAUUAAUCUUAUUUGGAAAAGAUUAUAUAAUACUUUAGAAAAUUUGAUCAUUUCAGAAAAAGAUCCUCCAUCUUCGAGCACGACUAUUGAUGAACAAUCAAAUUCAGAUGGUUUCGAAGGUGAAAGUUGCAAUCUUGAUAGUGCAAAUGCUGAUUAUAAUAAUUAUGGAUCUGCGAGUUCAAAUACCGAGGAUGAGCUAAAAAAUUAUCAGACUAAGCAACUUUAUAGUGGUGACAUGUCCUUACAUGAAAUUGUUAAAAGGACAAAAAUAAAUUUAACAGCUGAUGAAACUUACAAUAAUAGGAUUGACACUUUAAGGUACAGAUGGGAGUGA